AUGAUUAGUAGUAGUAGAAGUAGCAGCAGUUGUAAUAGUAGGAGUAGUGCCACAACGACCACGACGAGAAUAAAUAUAUUUAAAUGCCUGCUAAGAUUUGUAUAUUAUCUGCUACUCUUACAAAACACGUACUCGUUAAAUCACCAUAGAUGUCUUCUGGUCUAUUUUUGUCGUUGUGCUUUCCUUUUAUCAAGUUCACAUCAUGAAUUCAGUUUCAACAGACCUUUGAGCAGCUCGUCAUCAUCGUCAGGGAGUUGGUGGUCUAGUAGAAGGAAAAAGAGACACGAUUAUCAUUUACAUCACGCAGGGGUUGUAGUGACAAUCGACCGUUACGUGGAAGGAAAGAAUAAAUGGCUGAUACACAAAGGCGAAGAUUACGGUGAUUCUUCUGAUACUGUCAUAACAGAUGCCGAUUCUAUGAGUUCAAGGUAA